UCUCUAUCUUGGAGGAGACUUGAAUCAGUUAAACUCUCAAGAUGCGUCAGACCAUCAUCAUCGUUCUCGUCUUCGCAGUCGUCGGGGCUGCCUUGGUCGAUGCAGGCAAGGCUGAUUUUGAACGUCGUCGCAUGGAACAGUCCAAAAAGAUUAGGGGCGGAAUGGAGCGAGUGAAAUCCUUCGACAACACAUGGAGGGUCCAGGACGAGGCCGGAAGAGGGCGUCGCGCUGGGGGCCAAAUGGUCAUUCCCAGGGUCCAGGAAGAGGCCGGAAGAGGGCGUCGUGCUGGAAUAAAGAACCUUCGAGGGAAGAUCAACAAACUGCAGAGCCCUAAUAGCGCUAAAGAGAUUUUCAAGCUUCGGACCAAGAAGGCUGCUGGGAAAGCCAAGUUGUCUAUGAUGGCGGCGCCGCCAACAGGCUAGGCUCCCAAAUAAAGUUCCGUAAUGACCGAUCUAGAGAUGAAUCCACCGUGAAGAGGGCGUUUUAGAAGCGAACAUAAACCUGUAUAGGAGUAUAAAUUGGUUCCGCGAUUUAAAGUUCAAGCUUAAAUGUGAAUGUAGGCACUUAUUAUGUACAGUGUAGAAAUUGGAAUCAACUUUAGAAAUUCGUAACUCGAUGUUAUUAAGAGCAUUACUAUAUAGUUAUUCGUAAUUAUACAUUUUCAAUCGUACUUCAAUACAUUUUCCUUCAUUUUAACACGGAUCUGAGCGCGGUCUGCCCCCCCCCCCUUUUUUUUUUAAAGCCAAGAAUUAUCAUUCUUAAUUUAAUUGUUAGUGAAAGUUAAAGGGAUGGAAGGCGCUAGGGGAGUGAAUCCAUUUAGUUUUAGUAAUUAAGUUACCAUAAGUAUAUUAGUAUAUUUGCUUCGUUACAGAGAAGGGACGGAUGGCGUGGGGGUGGGGGCUCAAAAUGUCAUAUUGCUCCGAUUGUCUCAUUUUCGCUCGCGUGAACAUUGCCAGCACAAA